AAUUCAUGUCCAAAAUUUUCAAUCAAAGGUAAGAAAAUGAAAAAUCUAGACACCCUUUUGAUCAAUUUGAAUGAGAUAAUAAUGGACGGGGAUGAUUGUUGAUGGGGACAGUGAUGGACGAGAUAGUAAUGAAUGAAAACGAUGGUGAUAGACGGGGACGGCUGAUCACCAUACGUGGAAGUGGAAGUGGAAGUGGAAGAGGGAGAGGGGGUGUUGUAAGGGAGAAGGCAGAUUGCCCUCCUUUCCUUUUUCUUUUUUUUUUUUAAUUUUUAAUAUUACUUUUUUAAAAAAUAAAUAAAUAAAUUUUAUAUAAAAUUAAUAAAGAAAAAAGAUCCUCACUUGCACCUAGACCAGACAAGUGAUUACAUUCUCGUUAUCAUAGUAUUUUAAUGUCGGAUCAAAGGUUUAAAAUAUAAUUUUUUUAGUGGGUCUAAAGUACCUGUUCACAGCACUUGUUAUACAGCAAACUAGCUUCAGUUGCGCCUUACUUUCACCAAUGGCGGAAAUAGCACACGACCUUUUCCCAUUGCUAAGAGUGUACAAAGAUGGUCGAGUCGAGAGGCUGCUUGGCGAAGGUCGUGUCCCUGUCCCAGCUGAAUCGGAUCCUGAAACCGGAGUGCAAAUCAAAGAUGUAGAAAUUAAUCCAGAAAGUAACUUAGCAGCAAGACUUUACCUGCCCAAAGAUGUUAACCCGGUUCAGAAACUUCCCCUCUUCGUUUACUUUCAUGGCGGUGGCUUUGUAAUUGAAUCUGCCUCAUCACCUUCUUACCACAAGCAUAUUAGCAUGGUUGCAGCUGAAGCAAAAGUUGUAGUCAUUUCGGUUAAUUACAGGUUAGCUCCUGAGUACCCGUUGCCUAUAGCUUAUGAAGAUUCAUGGGCAGCUCUCAAAUGGAUAAUUGGUAGUCAGGAUAAGUGGAUAAAAGAUCAUGCGGAUUUCAAUCGCGUUUACUUUGGCGGAGAUAGCGCUGGUGGUAACAUAGCCCAUAAUAUGGCAAUUCGGGUCGGGUCGGAGAAGAUCGAUGGUAUCAAACUUGUUGGGAUUUUCCUUGCUUGUCCAUUUUUCUGGGGGAAAGAUCCGAUUGAUUCUGAAGCGGAAAGCCCGGCUUCGAAGUUCGUUGAGAAGCUAUGGUUAUUUGUGAAUCCGAAUAGCUCCGGGUUAGAUGACCCGUUGAUAAACCCGGAAAAGGAUCCGAAAUUGUGUAGCUUAGGGUGUGAGAAAGUAUUCGUUUAUGUGGCCGAAAGAGAUCCGUUGAGAUCCAGAGGAUUUUACUAUAAGGAGGCGUUGGAGAAGAGUGGAUGGCAAGGGAAAGUGGAGAUUGUGGAGAUUAAGGAUGAGGGACAUGUGUUUCACCUGUUUGCUCCUGCAGCUGAAAAAGCUAUGGCCAUAUUGAAACAAUUGGCGUCUUUCCUUAAUCAGUCGGAGGACUAAUGAAGGAGAAGGCUAGUGAUGGAAUUCUCAUUUUUAGAUUGUUAUUUCUUGGGAUGUUUAAUCUUGUUUAAGUUUACCUUGAUCAUCUUCAGCUGUUUCGAAUAAAGCUUAAAGUGUCAUUGUGUAUGGUAAGCCAAAAUGUGUAUCCAGAAACAAAUUCAAGUACUAUUUGCUUUGAUAAUUAUUAUCUUCUUAUUUUGUUGAAA